AUGUCACCAUUAGCAACCAUCUUUGCUAUCUCUACUACUGAAUUGGAGUUUGUUGACGCUGUAACCGCUACCCGCUUGGACUGUCCCUCCCCCACGCUUGUGGAAACUACUUCUUAUGCUUGGAUUCCUCCAGUGCUUCAUAGAGUUAAAAUCAACUUGGAUGUUGCAUGGUCUCCCACAUCCAAUCAGGGUGGCAUUGGUCUGGUUGUUCGUGACUAUAUGGGAACCUUUUUUUUAGCAAUGGCUAUUCCCUGUAUGGCAAACUCUGUGCAGGAGGCUGAGGCUUUGGCAGCUGUUGAAGCCUGUUCUUUAGCUAUUGAACACGGGUUCAGACAUGUCCAGUUUGAGUCGGAUUGCCUGGAGGUGGUCCGUGGGAUCAGUGACAACAUUAGACGUGGUAGGUGGGAGUUGUACCCACUCUUAUGUAGGAUUCAGGAUCAACUUGGCCAUCCAAACUUUGAGUUUUCUAGCUGGACUUGGCGUCCAAGAUCAGCAAAUGUGGUAGCAGAUCAUAUUGUGAAUUUGGCUUGA